AGGAGGAGAAUGAAGACUCGAGCUCCACCUCCACCCCUGGCCACCCAUCACAUCUUUACAAACUCUGUACAUGAUGUGGCUGGGACACUGUGCAUGGAAACGAAAGAGAACAUGAUGAGACCCACUGUCAAUUUUAAAUUGACAUCACCACAGGGAUUCCAGACAUCUGUAACUGAGGAUGGAAGUAAGCCGCUGAUGGACUUGCUGGUUGACCUGUGUGGCCGCUACCGUCUAAAUCCCGCACUGCACACGCUGGAGCUGUUGUCACCUGAAGGCCACUCUUUGGGGUUCAAGCCCAACGUGUUGCUAGGCUCUUUAGAUGUGGCGUCUGUCCUCAUCAAAGAGAAAUCCUGGGAAGAGAUAGGGCCGCGCAGAUCGGCACCGAGAAUCCCUGAGAGAACAGUGCGUUUGAUGGUGAACUAUCACAGCAGCCAGAAGGCAGUGGUACGGGUCAACCCAUUGAUUCCACUCCAGGCCCUGAUACCAGUCAUCUGUGAAAAAUGCGAGUUUGAUCCUUCAUGUGUCCAGCUCCUUAAGGAUAGCGUCAGUCGCCAAAAGUUACCACUGGAUAAAUCUUUAACACAGCUGGGAAUUAAGGAGCUGUAUGUUCUCGAUCGGAGUUUCGUUCUGCAGCCUAAAAUGGGUUCAACUCCAGCUCUAAACUAUUCAGAAUCCAUUAGCGCCAGCACUAACAGUUUGGACAGAGGGACUAAAAAAGGCCUUUUAGGUUUAUUCCAUUUCGGCAGGAAGAAAUCGAGGUCAGAGACCUCGUCUUUGGGCAUGGAGGACUCUAAUGAUAAAAUAAUCCAAAAUGAAGAACGAUGUUCUGCACUUUCUGCAAUCUCAGCUGUUCCUAACAGAGAGGAUCAACUUAGUACAACGGGGACGUCUCGUUCAGUCAUGAAUGUUUACAGGACAUCGCCAAAGUAUGAAAUCAAGAAGAGAAGGGCUCCAGCACCACCUCCAGCGCCCUCGAUCAUCUCAAUGGAACACAAUAAUUUGGAAGAGUAUCAGAUGGGCUCUGAGUCAGAAAGCCAGCAGAGGAGAAGGAAGGCCCCAGCCCCCCCUGCAAGUACAGAUUCAAUCCCCCCAGACUCUUAUGGUGCUUCUACUUGUAUUCCCAUCCCUGUUAGCCAAUCAAGUCAAAAACAUUCUCCAGCUUUGUGCACUAAGAUGGCUCAGUCACCAACAAUCUCAUCGAAAAUUUUAAAAACUAUGAGGCCACAAUCCCCAAAGCCCAAAAUUCAACCUCAAUCUCUCUUCACUGUUGCACCCAAAAGUAUCACCCCUUCCCUGAGCAACAGCAUUGCCGAAAGCCAAGUACUUCAGGACUCUAGCUCUAAACUAUGCCACAGCCUUGACCAUGAUCUUGACACAGAUGACACCGUAUCCCUGACCAGCAGUGCUGCAAGUGGAUCAGUCCAUAUUAAACACCCUACAAAACAUAAUGGCACAAAAUUGAAAGAAUUAGAUAAAGAUAGCAGUAUGAAGGCCAAAGUGGAAAGUGGACCUACUUCAAGUCCAAUCUCCAAGACACCGUGUGAGUCAGUCCUUAACCGGAAAACGGAUGAAAUUGAGAACAAGAGACGUGGCACAGGAUCACCUGAUCUCACAGCACCACCCAAACCCCGACGUUCACCAGCCUGGGAACACCGUACCCUAUCUACACCUCCCCAAUUAUCUUUAUAUGAACCCACAAAAAGCAGUACUCCACAGAGAACCAAAGAAAAGGAAGAAACUGCUUCCCAGACCUGGUUCCAUUCUAUAAAGAGCAGGGACGUCAGUGUCCAGGCCUCAGGAACUGAAGCCCCUGAGGCUGAGACGUUGUCCCUGGGAAACGGCAGUAGUGGCAGCAGUCUACCAGAUCAAGGUUAUGCUGCUUCUGAAGGAAUGGCAGAUGGUGAAGACUCAGGACUUGUGAGCACUCCAUCUGAUACCCAACCCACAUCUCCAGAUGGGAGUUUGCUUUUUGAGCGAAGUUGUGUAGCCAGACGAGCGAAACCACCUAGGCCUAUUCGAGACCUUUCCAGCGAUAGUGAUGAAGGAUGUGCCACUUGGGGAUCAAAAAACAGUCAAAGCAAACUCAAGGCUACGUCAACUAAAGUAAGCAGUACCUUUCAGGAAAAAUACAAAUGGCUCCAUCAGGCAAAAACAGAUCCCGUCUUUCCAGUGAUUCCUGGUGUGCCAAUGUCCAUAGUGGACCUAAAUAUACCUGUCACGGCCAUAGAUGAAGUACUGGAGGAAUAUAAACCUCUUCUAGAAAAAAAUGAGUCAACAGUACUCAGAGAGACAAAUGUGGCACAUCAUAAAGGUUCAGAGAGUGUUGCAGAGUGGCACAAAAAGAACAAUUCCUCCACAGAUGUUUUCAAUGAAAAAAAAAGCAUUGUGAAUGCUAAAUCUGACCAAUAUAAGAACACUAUGGAGAAUGGGACAAGUAGUUAUACAAAGGAAGGGAAAAAGGAAGACAUGAAAGAGGCUUCACAUAGACUGGCACUAGUAAAACCUUUUGAGCCCGAGGAAAAAUGCACAAGCUUAAUGAUAAAAAGUCAAACUCUUAGAUCGGAUUCCUUGAUGGAGAGUAACACUCAUUUUUUACAAGAGGACAAUCUCGUCCUUCCCAAAGACAGCCAGAGAUCACUGUCCACAGAAAAAGUAGAUAAUCAGAGUGUUUUCCGCAGUAACGCCAGUUCACCUAUGUUGCACAGGAAAGUUACCUGCAAUCCCACCUCUCGAUUUGGUAUGAAAACCUUCACUGUUGUUCCAUCCAAGCCCUCUGCUUUGCAAAGUGGUGCACAAAGUGCAUCGGCCUCUUCAACCGUCGGUGCUAUUAAAAUUGAUGAACAAGGAAAUAUCAUGAAAUAUAAUGGCCCUCAACACAGAGUUGGUGAUGCAACAGAAUCAGGGAUUACCAGAAGCGAGGAGUGUCCGCUUAUUGGAAAAGCCAAAGCCUUUUGGAGCUCCAGUGAAAGACAAGACUGUUCUCUUUCUUGUCGCCCAGGUGUGACUGACAAGGAAAAAGCAAGCUUAGAGAACAUUGAAAGUAGUCACACAACUGUGACUUCUUUUACCGCGAACAGACGAGAACCCCUGAAAACACAACCAACCAUCACAAGUACUGCAGACAGUGUUCCGCCUAAAGAGACUAGUGGGAAAAUCAAUGAAACGAUGCAUCGUGCCAUCAUUAAAAACAAGCCCCAAGCAAUUGUUAAUGAUAUUUCAGUACCUGAAAGUAUUAAGCAACCACAGUCACCCUUUCCUUCCUUCCUUAAACCAACAAGACGUACGUCAAGCCAGUAUGUGGCAUCUGCCAUCAAUAAAUACGGCCCAAUGGGAUCCACAAAACACAACAUGUUGUCUUUUCCCUCUCAGUCCUCUCCUUUAACACAGAACCUUGCCUUCCAUACAUUGGGUCACUCAAUGCAAGUAAAUCCACGACAGUCCUCCAAGAUAUCAUUGACAGAUAAGACAUUUAACACAGCGGGUCUUCACGACCCUUGUCAUGCAAGGUCCAUGAGCGACCCCGAAUUUGUAUCAGAAAGCCAGAAAGAAAGCAAAGAGGACAAGAAGGAAAACCGUGUUGAAUCCACCAACGAAAGCUCUUUCUCACUAGGACCGGUAUCAGACAGAAUUAAACACUUUCAGCCAAGUGUUCCCACUCAAAUAGCCAUGACUGAACGUGAAAUUAGAGACGUCAAAGAUAAUCAUUGUAAAAGCCCCAUCAUUUUACGCAGAAAUGAUCCACAACCGACUGCCAAACCCCAGAUAACCACACGUCUAACAGCUACAGCAAAGUCAGAACCUUCACGUACGAUGUCAGACAGUGGUGUCAUCCCUGGAUCCCCACCCGUUAACAUAUUUGGACCCGUGAAAAAGUUCAAACCAGUGGUGUGCAGAUCUAUUGAGAAAGAUACCUCUUUGCACAGUAAUCUAAUGGAGGCCAUCCAGGCAGGAGGAGGCAAGGACCGGCUCAGGAAGAUAUCAUCUGGUGCCAGAAGCCGGAAGGAGACAGAAGAGAAUGAGCGGGCAGCUCUUCUUGCAGCUAUUAGAGCCCAGAACAGCACUGGAAGGCUUAGGAAGACUAAAUCUGGUGCUGCUGCUGAAUUAGAAAGGUUCAGGUUAGCUUCACAGGAGGACCAAAGGACAGAUGGUCCCUCUUCUCCUUCACCAAUAUCUUUUACUUGCACUUCUCCUGUUACUUCAUCUCAGCCUCCUUCCAUGCAUGCUUCGCUUCCUCCCUUUUCUCCUUUCUUGCACCAGUCUAAGCCUUCCAAUGUCACAUUUAAAAAUGCCAAUGCCCUCAAGAACCCUGCCUUGGCCAGGGAAGCUGUGAUGGAAGCGAUCCGUUCUGGAACUGCGGCUGAGAAUCUAAAAAAGGUCGCAGUGCCCACAAAGACAGUACAAGUGAAUGGCAGAUUGGGAACAAUGCAUCCGACCUCCUCCAGUCUUCCCUCAGAAUAA